CCCCUUUUGCAUUUUGGCCCAAGCCUAUAAAGGACCGCUGUAUAAAGAAUCCUUAGCAUUAGCGACUGCUUGAAGGACCUCUGACCACUCAUCUAGAAGCGCUUCAUGCUCGUUUCCCUGACUCUUGUAAGCUAUGAUCUCAUUACUGUAGGAAAUUGCUUUUCAAUAGCCACGAGGGCAGCCAAAACAGCAAGUCUGCAUCGUGUCAUAUUCCAUCCAAAACCCUGGGUCCUUCCCAGGGUCUUUUUGCAGUUUUUGAGCGGGUGCCAAUAAGCAGCUCGGCGUUGAAUAGAAGAGUGGUAGAGUCGAUUUGCGCAGCUCAGACUGUAGCUGCUAGGCGGCGCCAGCUGGACUCAAAGCACGCCAAGGCAUACUGCAAUAAAAUUAAAAGCACCAUUGAACACUCCUGACCUAUGUUCAGAAAGGUGCAGUUUUACCACACAGAGAUGCGCAAACUUAGUUCGUCGGCAAGUCAGCUACACCGGCUAGUAGCACAACUAGCUACGAGUGUCAGUGUUGAAACGGCUAAGGCUAGCUCGUUCUUCUGAAAUGAACAUUAGAGGGAGCGGAGCAAGGGGCUCUAGCCCCUUUAGCUGGAUUCCCUUUUGACACCUCGGUUCGUUUACUGGGGAUUGCUUCUGGCAUAAGUAGGAUGAAGAGCAUGGCGCCUGCGCUUCUGCUGAGCUGUGUGCUGAUUCUCCUGUUGUGCCACGUGGCUCAAGCUCAGCCACAGAGUGCCGCCACCCCGAUGAGCGGCGCGGCCCCUAGCGACCCCCUGCCACCGGCCCUGAGGGCGAAACUGGACAAUGUAUCACUCCUGGUCGAUAACUACAUUGACCUCAACUACGGGUUCUGCAUCAAGAGCGCGGCAGAGGAGAAGCCACUCACGUUCGACUUCAACCAAGACGCGCAAAGCAUCCUGGCAUGCGACAUAGAAGGCCGCCUCGGCGACCGGCUAUGCAGCGACGGCGAGCUCCGCUCCUACUUCGCCACCGACCCGCGGAGGAGUCCCCCGGAAAACGUGAACUGCAACGCGGACUCGUAUCUGGUCGCGUGCAACCCGGGGUUUGCGAGCAGCCUCGACGCGGCAAGCGCCACGCGCAACUUCACCGUCCCGCCAAAGUACCCGCAGGACAUCCCGCGGCGGAUCGACGACUACGCGCCGUGCUGCCCGGGGUUCUUCUGUCCCAAGGGCUUGGCGUGCAUGAUCCCGUGCCCCAUUGGAGCGUACUGCCCGUCCCCCGGGUUCCUCACCGAAGGCUCCUACACCACUUGCGACCCGUACGAGUACUCCCCUCCGUCGAAGGCGAUUGGGUGCGGCGGCGCGGACACGUGGGGCAUCGCGGGGCAGGGCGACCAGAUCUUCUGCCCCGAGGCCAGCUACUGCCCCUCCCCCACCGAGAUACGCACCUGCGACGCGGGGCGAUACUGCAGGAAGGGCAGCUCCGCGUCCCGCCGAUGCUCGCCGUUCGUGACUUGCGACCAGGGCACUGGAAACCAGGACCUGCAUUUCAUCGGUGUCGCCAUCAUCGUGAUCCUGUUCCUGGUCCUGAUCGUCAUCUACAAGUGCACCGACGGCCUGAUCAAGCUGCACGGCAAGGAGCGGCAGCGGCGGCGACUCCUCGCCUCGCGCGCGCUGCACAAGGUCGCCUCCACCGCCCUGGAGCUGAGCUCGGGGGGCUCCGAGAAGCGGCGGCCGGUGAACACGUGGCAGAAGGUGGUGACGUCAUCCGCCGACACGACCGCGUCGCUGCUGGAGCAGCCGGGCAGCCCCCCGACCGCAGAGGUUCGGAAUGAAGAAGAUGGGUAUUCGCCGCCCGAACCGUCGUCCCCUCUGCGGAAAGCGUCGGAUCCCGCAACGCGCUCCAUUGCGAUUCAGCUGGCGUCUGGCUCCCCUCGGGCGGUCGCCGCUUCGCCGAAAGCGGGGGCUUCGCUGGCGCUUGUGUCCCCGGUAGGCGACGGCGACCAAAGCGACGAAGACGAGUCGGCCGCCUCUACGCUGAGGUCGCCGUGGCGGAAGCUACCAAAGGGGCUGCCCCCGGAGGACUACCAGUACGUCUUCGAGCAGCUCGCUGCGCAGAAGCGGCGCGAUGGCGAGGCGCAGGAGCCGGCCGCGGGCGCGUCGCCCGCGGAGCUGGCGGCCCAGGCGGCGAGCGUGAGCGGGCGCGUGCCGCCGAUCGAGCUGGACAUCCGCCGCCUGGGGCUGCGCCUCAAGAAGAGCGGCAAGAUGAUCCUACAAGACGUCACCGCCAGGCUGAGGCCCGGCCGGGUGACAGCUGUCAUGGGCCCGUCUGGCGCGGGGAAGACGUCAUUCCUGACGGCCGUCGCCGGCAAGGAGACCCGGUGCACCGUGACCGGUACGGUGCUCAUCAACGGUCGGGAGGGCAGCAUCCAGUCGUACCGGAAGAUCGUGGGGUUCGUGCCGCAGGACGACAUUGUCCAUGGCAACCUCACGGUGGCCGAGAACCUGUCGUUCAGCGCCAGCUACCGGCUGCCCGUCGGCAUGGCGCGUCGCAACCGCGUGUUCGCGGUGGAGCGCGCGAUCUGGGCGCUGGGCCUGGAGUCGAUCCGCGACGCGCGCGUGGGCACCGUCGAGCAGCGCGGCAUCUCCGGGGGGCAGCGGAAGCGGGUCAACGUUGGGUUAGAGAUGGUUGCGGAACCGAGCCUGCUCAUACUGGACGAGCCGACGUCCGGCCUGGACAGCACGAGCAGCCGGCUGGUGGUCCAGGCCUUGCGGCGGGAAGCGGCGCGCGGCGUCAACGUGGGGGUCGUGCUGCACCAGCCAAACUACACGCUCUUCCGGAUGUUCGAUGACGUCAUGUUCCUCGCGAAGGGCGGCCGCGUGUGCUACUUCGGGCCGGUGCCCCACGUGGAGGCCUACUUCGACCGCCUCGGCUUCCACGUCCCCGACCGGACCAAUCCUCCUGACCACUACAUGGACGUUUUAGAAGGCGUCAUCAAACCCGAGAGCAGCACAAGCUGCACCCACGAAGACCUGCCGCGGCUCUGGGCCGAGCGGAAAAGCGCUCCGGCGGAAGAUUCCGAUCUGCCCAUCAGCAGAAGCGGAAGCGGACUCAGCGAGUCGGGUAUGCGCAAUAGAAAGGCGGAGCGGCCAAACGGAACGGCGGAUCGUCUGAACGGAACGCUGGACCGUCCGGGCGGAAAGGCAGACCGCCGGACCGGAACGGCGGAUCGCGCGGAAGAGGCCAGUAGCAGCGGGUCAGAGUGGAACGGAGACGCAAGCGAUGAGAUCAUCAUUCUGCCGGAGGAUACGAGCCUCGCGCGCGUGUUUUUGCUUAAGUGCUCCCGAAAGGCGCGCCGGUGGGCGCGCGCGCGCCAAGAAGAGCUGUGGGAAGCGUGCCACCCCGCGGCCGACUACUCGGGGCGGCGCACCCCGGGCUUCCUCCGCCAGUACAUAGUCAUACUGAAAAGGACCGCGCGGCAAAAGUUCCGCGAGCCGCGCGUCGCACUGCAGGACUACAUCAUUCUGCUCAUCACGGGCGCCGCGCUGGGCUUUCUGUCGACCACUAACGACGACCAAAUGGGAGGCUUCUCCGCGCACUCCAAUUCCAUCCUCGCAGUUGGCCUCCUGUGCAUGAUUGCCGCGCUUCGGACCUUCAGCCAAGACCAGCUCAACUACUUCCGGGAGGCCGCCUCGGGGAUCAACAAGACCAGCUACUUCCUUGCCAAGGACGCCGUUGACCUGGUCCACGUGCUCCUGAAGCCCCUCUUCUACCUGAGCCUCUUCUACUUUUUCAACAACCCGCGCUCCACUUUUGAGGCCAAUUACGGCAUCACGGUCGCCAUAGCGUACUGCACCACGGGGGUCGCUUAUAUCUUCGCGAUAGCGAUGCAGCCAGCGGCCGCCCAGCUGAGCUCCGCCGUGUUCGCGUUGGUGUCGGUCCUCCUCGGGUCGCGGCGGCGGCCGCGGUCCGUCGUCAUCCGCGCGCUCUAUGACCUCACCUACGCGCGCUGGGCGCUCGAAGGAUACGUGGUGGCGAACGCGGAGAGGUACGCCGGAGUCUGGCUGCUCACCCGCUGUGCGGUCUUGGCGCGGAUGGAGUAUGACCUCAGCAACUACGUCCGCUGCGUCUUCAUGCUGUUCCUCUACGGCUUCCUCGCGCGGUGCGGGGCGCUCUUCUGUCUCCACAUUUGUCACAGGGAGAAGCAACGGUAGAGGUAGACAACCGUGAUAUAUCUAACAAAAGCGUCCUUGAUGACUGGACCGUAACUCGGACUCCACCUUGAUUACCUUAUCCUGAACAGCGAGCGUUUAUGAAAUGCCAACAUCAAAGUCGGAUAGGAUUGCACGCUGCAAGGUAGAAAAGUAUCACUGCUAGACUUUGAACAAAUAGAUCAAACAAACCCUGAUUAAAACGCAUCUUUGUAAGUGAUCUGCAGGAUGGCAACAGGGAAACAAAGACCAUGGACGGGUAAUUCCAGUAGAUAGACAUGGCUCACCGCGCCCAGGUGUCAGGAUUCAUAUUAGUCAUAUCAUUACGAUACUAAGAUGGCGGCUGCAGGACUAUGUAACAGUCAGAGGCUACCUGAUAUUCAGUGUAUGAGUGUAAGGUGACAGUCAACGACCAUGCUAGCUCAGUGCCCAAAACAACAAAAGCUUGUGACCCAAUUCGUUGUACACAUCAGCGUAAUACCAUUCCACUUGGG